AUGGCGCAUCGUGCAUAUGUUGAGGACGUGACGGAGGAGUAUGAGGCGUAUCGGGAGUACGAGAUUCGCGAGUCGGACGAUGGCAGGUCAGAUGCGGAUCUGCCGCCAGAGGCGCCCACACCUCCGCCCGCCCACGGCAUAAACCUCAACGUCUUCGACUUCAUGGUUGACGCUACACCAAAUGCUUCCAACAUCAACUUGCAGGUUCACGACAACGCUAUCGAUGUCGUUGGGACCCGCCAGCUUGUGCGAUUCGAUGAUGACGCGAACGACUACGUGGACCCAACCGGGUACAUGGUUGACGAUGAGGAAAUGGUCCAGUACGGCACUGAUGCCAUCCCUUACAUGGAAUAUGCGACGCCGGCGCCCAAAGCCCACAGAAAGAAGUCGAAGGAGGGAGAUCGUGAGAUGAAAAAGGACAAGAAGCGCAAGCGACUGCACAUUGAGACUAGCCCCUCUGCGCUCGAAGCGCAGCCUGGUGAUGAAGUCAUGACGGAUGCACCUCCAGUCCUGCACUCUGGCCUGACUGGUGGCUUGAAGGGUAUGAUGCGCCAGUCUCAGUUCCCACCCUCGCCGGAUUACUCCGGAGGGGACGCAGGCGAGAUUUCCCCUGCAAGCCCCCUCAAGAAGACCAAGCACACGAAACCUGCCAAACCUAGCCGGUCCGAUAGUCUUGGGAGCAAUCUGAAGGCUCUGAUGUCCGGCUCGUCUAAGACCAAGGUGUCGAAGAAGAGGAAGCAUUCAUCUGAGCGGAAAGAGAAGCAGCGGCGACACCAUAGCUCGAGCUCCGAGAAGAAACCGAAACUGAUCGAGUACAAGACGAAGUCAGGCGACGAGAAGGAUGAUGAGAGCGGUGUCAUGAUUGUUUACAAGCCGAGAUCCGACCUUUUCCUGGGCUUCUGUAACAAAGGACCCGAGAGCGAAAGGGGAUGCAGCAUGAACAAGGCGCUCAAGAGGUUCCACCGGGAGCGAACGUCGUCUGGCACCAGCCUAGGCAAAGUGACGGAGGAGAAGGAGCUAUGGCGAUCACUACGUAUGCGUCGCAACGAGCGUGGCGAGAUCGUCCUAUUCUCGAUUGACGACGAGUGA